AUGUCUACUGAUACAGCUCGUCCGUACCUACCGGAAAAGUUUCGACGCCUAGCUUUUGAUAGUUUACAUAAUUUGAGCCAUCCUGGAAUUCGUUCUACGCGAAAGAUGUUAGCCAAAAAGUAUUUCUGGCCUAGUAUGAAUCGUGAUGUUUCUUUGUGGGCAAAAACGUGCAUACAAUGUCAACGUUCUAAAGUUAACAGACAUACGGUAUCGAAUCUGACUAAGUUUCCGGAAGUAGAGCGUUUUGAGUAUGUGCACGUCGAUAUCGUUGGCCCUCUUGAGAUCUCACCAGAUGGUUAUAGAUACUUACUCACGAUAAUCGAUAGGAGGACCAGGUGGCCUGAAGCUUUUCCGUUACGAGACAUUACGGCAGAAACUGUUGCCAAACAUUUAUAUGAAGGUUGGAUUUGUCGUUACGGUUGCCCGAUAAAGUUAACUAGCGACCAAGGUCGCCAGUUUGAGAGUAGUCCUUUUAACCAGCUGUUAAAAAUGUUGGGGGUUAAUAGAAUUCGAACUACUCCUUAUCAUCCGCAAAGCAAUGGCGCAGUUGAACGUUGGCAUCGUUCUUUAAAAACAGCACUUUCAGCUCGCCUGUCACAUGGGUCCUGGGUGGAAGAGCUACCCACAGUAUUACUUGGGCUUCGCGCGGCCGCCCGCAGUGACUCAGGGGUUAGCGCCGCCGAGUUAACGUUCGGACGAAACUUACGUCUACCGGGAGACUUUUAUGACGGCUCUUCGAACAACCGUAACGUCAAUGAUUAUUGUUUAGUGGAUAAGAUUAGAGAUACUAUUCGUAGUUAUAAGCCUACAUCCGACGAUUCACGUAACUGUCAUAGUUUUUUUGUGCACAAGGACUUACGUAACUGUGAAUAUGUCUUUGUUAGGGACGAUUCAAUACGUAAACCUUUGAAACCACCCUACGACGGUCCAUACCGCGUGAUAAAAAAGGGGCUCAAAAGUUUACCUAAUUCAAUUACCCGAUAG